AUGGCUAAUGCUAAAGUCGAGAUCAACUUUAUUGUUGGCCCAAACCGUUACGUUCGUGACUCCAAUCUCUUAGAAUUUCCCUAUCUACAAGCUGUUGUAACAGAGACUCUCCGUUUGCAUCCACCGAGUCCAUUCCUGAUCCCACGCAAAGCUGAGUCAGACGACGCAGAGAUAUUAGGGUACCCCAUUCCUGAAAAUGCUCAGAUCCUGGUCAACGCUUGGGCCAUAGGACGAGACCCGACCGUGUGGGAAAAUCCGGAACGGUUUGAGCCAGAGAGAUUCUUGGGACGAGACACUGAGACGAUAGGAAAAGAUUUCGAGAUGAUACCGUUUGGAGGUGGACUAAGGAUAUGCCCUGGAAUAUCAUUGGCUUUGAGGAUUGUGCCUCUCAUGCUUGCUUCACUUAUCUAUUCGUUUGAAUGGCAUCCUAAAAACGUCAAAAACGAGUUCGUUCCAGAGGAUUUGAAUAUGGACGAGACUUUCGGAUUUACCUUGCACAAGACCGAACCUAUUUAUUCUGACACCCUCGAGAGAGCGUACAACUAUUUUUAUUAG